AUGGCCUCAAAGAUACCGAAGCAUGCUCAAAUCGUUGUCGUCGGCGGAGGUCCCUCUGGCAGUUAUACUGCCUCGGCUCUUGCCAGGGAAGGGCUUGACGUCGUGUUGUUGGAGGCUGCUCAGUUUCCUCGGUAUCACAUCGGGGAGAGCCUAAUUCCUUCGGUUCGUCACUACCUGAGAUUCAUCGACGCGGAGCAAAAAUUGGUUGAGAUGGGUUUCAAACAUAAGCAACAGCCCGGAGCUGCCAUGAAAUUCAAUCAAUUCAAACGGGAAGGAUACACAGAUUUCGUUGCGCUUGGGCAUGCCAAUAGUUCAUGGAAUGUGGUGCGCUCAGCAUUCGACAAGAUGUUGCUUGACCAUGCGGGAUCCUGCGGAACAAAGGUGUUUGAACGGACCAGAGUGAAAUCCUUCCGCUUCUCUGCGACCGAGCCGUUCAGGCCUGUGGCUGCCGAGUGGCUAUGUGCCGCAGAUGGAGAAACCGGAGUGAUUUCAUUCGAUUAUCUUGUUGAUGCAUCCGGACGCUCAGGCUUGAUGUCGACGAAAUACUUACAUGACCGUCACUUCAACACGUCAUUGAAGAACAUUGCGCUCUGGGGUUAUUGGACGGGAGUCGGUACAUACGGCAUGAAUACUCCAAGGGAGGGUGCCCCUUGGUUUGAGACACUGACAGACGAAUCCGGCUGGAGUUGGUUUAUUCCUCUACACGAUGGAACGACUUCGAUCGGCGUCGUUAUGAAUCAGGUGAAUUAUAACGAGAAAGUUCGUGCCUCGAAAGGCAGUUCUCUAGAAGAUCGCUAUCGGCUUUCCAUAUCCCUCGCCCCAGCAUUAGUCAAGCUCAUCGGAUCUGGCAGGAUAGUGCAAAAGGAGGCUGCUGAGGGACAACCUGGGCAACUUGACCUAUUGAUACGAUCAGCGUCUGACUUCAGUUACUCUGCUUCGAGCUACGGGGGACCUGGAUUUCGUUUGGUCGGGGACGCUGGUGCGUUCAUAGAUCCAUUCUUCUCCUCCGGGAUACACCUUGCAAUGACCUCCGGACUAUCUGCGGCAGUGUCUAUAUGCGCUGCAGUCCGAGGAGAUUGUUCAGAAGUCGAUGCAGCUGCGUGGCACACGAAGAGGUUUUCGUUGAGUUACACAAGGUUUAUCCAUAAGCAGAUGUAUUUGUUCUUGCUAACAAAAGUACCGUAUGCAACAUACCCCAGAUUCCAGAUGGUGGUCAUGAGCGCCUAUCAACAGAUACGAUCGACGGAUCUUGAUAUUCUGAGCGACGUUGAUGAGGACAACUAUGAUCGAGCGUUCGCUGCUAUUCGACCAGGUGCCAUUCUUUCAUCCAGGGUGCAUCAGAGAUGGGGAAGUCGACUGAGUGAGGAAGAGCUUCACAGUGCACUGGAGUUCUGCAAGAAAUGCUUUAACCCCACGUCGCCUGACCACCUCGCGCUCCCUUCGAAAGAAGGCCUUCCAAAAGAUUUGCUCGAUAUUACAGCCCCGCUCAUGGAUCCGCGCGCUAUUGAAAGUAUUAUCUCGGAGGCGUUCGGGCAGACGAAUCCAAAAGGCGACCAGAACUUCUGUGGAUCUACGGAAGACCUGAAACUCGUUCUAGAUCAAAUAAACGGCAGAAGAGUCGUGCAUCGCGAGUACUCUAUCAAUAAUCUCGAGGCUGAGGACGUGAAUGGAUUCGUGGUGAAGUUGAGAAGGGGACAUCUCGGAUUGAUGCGCACGUGCACUAUUUCGAGCGUUGAUUGA